AUGAGUCCCACUACAGCAACAGAGGGAGACAGUGUGACGCUGACCUGCAGACCUUCCUGUGACCCUGGUGGUGACAACACCUUCAUCUGGUAUAAGACUGUGACCAGCCAUCCGACAAUCAGUGGCAACACUCUGACUCUGAGCUCAGUGAGUAAAACAGAUGCAGGCAGUUACUCCUGUGCUCUGAAAGGACUUGAGAAUCAUCCUUCCCCCUCAGUCUGUGUUCUAAAUUGCUGGAGUGUGAUCUACACUCCUCAGAGUAUUUGUGUUGUGAAAGGAUCCUCAGUAGACCUGGGCUGUUCUUACUCAUAUCCCAAUAAUGUUACUGUCACGGAAACAUUCUGGCAUAGACCGGAUCCUGUAAAAGAUCUUAGUACAACAGCAGAAUAUGCAAAUCGUGUGAAGUACCUUGGAAACAAAGAAAGCAACUGUAGCCUGAGAAUAGAAGAUCUGAGAGAGAAUGAUGCAGGAGAAUAUCAAUUCAGGUUUCUGACUUCUGAUCCCACUGGUCGAAUGUCUGGAAUUGCAGGUGUCACAAUUCAAAUUCGAACUCUGCAGGUAGUGAUAAGUCCCCUUACAGUGAAAGAGGGACAGAGUGUGACUCUGACCUGUAGACCUUCCUGUGACCCUGGUGGCCACUCUACCUUCAUCUGGUACAAGAACGGCCGGCAUGUUGCCAACCAACACAAGACAUUUACCAUCAGUGCAGUGAGGAGCACUGACUCAGGAAGUUAUUCCUGUGCUGUACAGGGACAUGAGCAUUAUCAGUCACCUACAACGACCCUGGUUGUCUAUUACCCUCCAAAGACAACCUCUGCAUUGAUCAGCCCAGCUGGUGACAUAGUGGAAGGGGAUUCAGUGACUCUGACCUGCAGCAGUGAUGCCAACCCACCGGUACACACUUACACCUGGUACAAGACCAACAGUGGUGAAACUCCCAUCGGAUCAGGUCAAAACUAUGAUAUCACCAACAUCACCACAGAGGACACUGGACAAUACUACUAUUCUCCAAAGAGAACUUCUGCCUCAAUCGUCCCCUCUGGUAAUGUAAAAGAAGGGGAUUCAGUGACUUUGACCUGCAGCAGUGAUGCCAACCCACCGGUGCACACCUACACCUGGUACAAGACCAACAGCGGUGAAACUGCCAUCGGAUCAGGACAAAACCAUAACAUCACCAACAUCACCAUAGAGGACUCUGGACAUUACUACUGCAGAGCGAAUAACUCAGUUGGAUUUAAUAAUUCUACUGUGCUGUCCAUUGAUGUUUUCUACCCCCCAAAGAACACAUCACUGGUUCUUCGCCCUCCUGGUAAAUCGUCAGAAGAUUCGGUGACCCUAGCCUGCCACAGUUAUGCCAACCCACCAGUUAAGACCUACACCUGGUUCAAGAAGACUGAUAGUGGACCUGCUCUUCAAGCUACAGGGAAUAUCAGUAGCUUAGUGUUGAUGUCUGGAGAUGAGGGCUUUUACUAUUGUGUAGUACACAAUCAGUAUGGCUCCCAUUACUCUCCUAACGUUGAAGUCAUAUUUCCAGUUCCAGUUGGUCUGUAUGCAGCAGUGGGGGUUUUGCCACCUGUGGCACUUACAGUGGUGAUUGUGCUUGUGUUUGUUGUGUAUAGAAGAAGGAAACAACCAUCCACUGACGAUGCAAACAGGACCGUGAAUGAUGUGCAGGGAGACUCUAGCCCAACCGGCACGGCACUGGUGACCUCUGGACCAAAGAAAAAGAUGGAGUCAGGAGCAGAGAAUGACAUUCAGUACGCCAGUGUCCACUUCAAGGCCAAAACAAAGUGUUCCUAA